GUUUGUGGAAUCCGGAGGUUGCCAGGAAUCGAAUUGUGAAAUUAACUGAUUUUCGGACUCCUCGCCGAAGCGAAUGGAGGGACACUCUGAACGUGCGAGCUGUCAAUGUUACACAAUGACCUGAAAUGAUCGGGAGAGACGACCGUAUCGUUGGUUCCUAAUACCGUCAGUGUUUCUUCAUCCUCCGACAAGAGAGGAAUUUUCUUUUUGUGUGAAUCUUGAAAAUUUAAUAAUAAAAGAUAACAAAAGGAGAGUGUUAAAAAUUAGUAACUCACAAAAAUAUAUACGGACAAACCUAUUGCUAAAAGAUGACAAAUAUUCCAUCGACUGUACUGGUGACGGGGGGUGCUGGUUAUAUCGGCUCACAUACUGUUGUGGAACUUCUUGGAGCAGGCUACCAGGUCGUGGUCCUUGAUAAUCUGAGCAAUGCUUAUAUAGCGCCUGGAAGCGAUAUGCCAGAAUCUCUGAACAGAGUCAACAGGAUCACCAAAAAAAAAGUAAUUUUUGAAAGAGCGGAUAUAACGAACAAAAGUGCAAUCACCAAAAUAUUUCAAAAGUUCGUAUUCCAAUUUGUCAUACACUUUGCUGCACUCAAGGCCGUUGGCGAAUCAUGGGAGAAACCUCUCGAAUAUUACAAGACGAAUGUUGAUGGCACGCUGAAUUUAUUAGAGGCAAUGAGGGAAAACAAUGUUAAAAAUUUAAUAUACUCAAGCAGCGCAACUGUUUACGGUGAUCCUGCAAAAUUGCCUAUCACUGAAGACAUGCCAACGGGGAAUUGCACAAAUCCCUAUGGAAGAACCAAAUACAUGGUCGAAGAAAUAUUCAAGGAUCUCUGCAGCUCGGAUAAGACGUGGUCUGUGAUUUCCCUGAGAUACUUUAAUCCAAUUGGGGCUCAUCCGUCAGGAGAAUUGGGAGAAGAUCCCAAUGGUAUUCCCAACAAUCUGAUGCCUUACAUAGCUCAGGUUGCUGUUGGAAAGAGAAGUUUGCUCAAGGUCUACGGCAAUGAUUACGACACGCCUGAUGGAACUGGCGUUCGAGAUUACAUUCACAUACAAGAUCUCGUUCUCGGGCACGUGAAAGCGAUGAAUUUCCAGAAAUCUCAAGGCGCGAAUGGCUUCAAUGCGAUAAAUUUGGGAACAGGAAAAGGACACUCGGUUUUCGAAAUGAUACACGCUUUUGAAAGAGCCUCAGGCAAAACGAUUCCGUACCGCAUAGUGGCCCGUCGUCCAGGCGAUGCUACUGCCACAUACGCGGACGCAAGUUUAGCGAAAAAAAAACUCAAUUGGACAGCCACGAAAACUCUGGACGAUAUGUGCAUCGAUACUUGGAAUUGGCAACGGAAAAAUCCUAAUGGCUUCAAACCUACAAUGAAGUGUACAUAAAUAAUUGUUAAUCUCAUAGUCAUUUAAAGGAUCUUAAAAAAAAAACAAAUUUCAAUGUGAAAAUUUAACUCUUUAAAUUUUGAAUCGAACUUGCUGAAAAAUAAUCAAAAUCAUAACCAUUGCUCGCGACCAAGAAGUCCGCAAGCCGAUGAAGAGAGGGGGCAGCACGAUGACGUCACAAUAGAACAAAUUUAACGCUUUGAUAAUCGAAAGCAAAAAAUAUUUCACCAAUAUCAUCGCAAUCACGAUUUUGGCUGACCGAUUUAGUUGCAACAAAAAGCAAUCGAAAGAUGAAAAUCGAAAAAAAAUCAAAACAACAAAUUAAGAUUUUCAAUUGAGCCAUUUCUUCGUGAAGAUGAUUUGAAAUCGUCGUGACGUCAGAAAACCGGCAUAUUCGCCUAUAGCAGAGUGCGGCACGCCGCCCAUUGGCUCUUUCUUUUUUCGUUUAAUAUAUACUUGGCGCCGAGACGCUGCCGCGUCUCUUGAUAAUGUUAAUGGAUAUAAGUAUAGUAUUCAGUGUCGUGGUACAUAUCAAAAGGAGUGAAAAAGCUCGAGGGUUGACGGGUGAGCUUUCGUUCGUCACCUCGACGACGACGAAUAAGACUCGGAGAAAGAGAAACGAGGCUUUGCUCCACUGUUCAAAAGAGUGUUGAAAGUAUCCCACGAGUACUUACGAUGCUUCACCACCAACGACACAUCUUUUGAGAUUCCAUGCCUCUGCUCCUUCAAUCCUCUUCGUACUUUCUGCUCUUUCCAACCCUUUACAACGUACCAACUCAAAUACGGUUUCACAAGUCAACAAUUUUCGCUCCGUUAUAAAUAUUUCUGUGCAAUCUUCCGCAAAUCUUUUUCCCCAAAAAUUCACAUGUACCUCUGGAACGAAACGAAAUUUUUGCAAGUCUUUCACUCGACGUAUUGUACUCACGCACGCAUGGGAAAAACAACGAAAUAACGAAA